GUUGUUAUGCAGAGUUUUGUAAUGACCUCUUCUUGCGCACUUCUUUGGUGGGACUUUAUUAUUCCAUGAUCUUAGUCGAUGUUGGGUGUCUGAUGGUUCUCCAUUCCUGUCGAAUUUCUGUGUUUCGCUUGGUACUUUUUCCCGGAGCUGUGGUGGAGAUGCCCCAGUUGCGGAGUAGUAUAGUGCCCACUGCGAUAUCUGACACUGCAUGUAGUUUGCCAUUUUGGGAGAUCAGGAGCUUAGCCGGCAAGCCCCAGCAGUAUGGGAUCUUCUUGUUCCUCAGCUCUACAGUCAUUUUGCGGAAUGCCAUUCUCCUACGUAGUGCUGCAAAAAUCUGGCUGUGUCAAUACUGCUCCG